AAAGAACUACUACCGCUACUCGGUGUCGUAAAUGACUUUUCAAAUAUAGUGUCUGGAUCCGCUAUCCCGUUGGAUAAUGCCGUUGUUUCUUCGUUCUCCCAUGGCUCUGGUACAUGUAACUCAGUUCAAGAGGCUAUCGAAGGUGUACAAAAUUCGCCCAUGGGUAAACUCAAUAGUGCGCUUACUUAUGAUUUCAAUCUUGAUUUAAAGAAAGGUUAUUACGUUCCUGGAGGUUCUGCUGUUCUUACUGUUAAAGGUACUCAACCUUACAAGGGUUUCUUGUUAUAUGCUGUGGACAGUGCUAAAAACCAUGUUGGUUCGUGGAGUACUCCAAAAGGUUACAAAAUAUUGGAUCUAAAUUGUACUGGUGAUCCGAAAGGAACUAUUUCACAUGAUUCUCCCGAUCAAAAAGAUCCUGUUGCUGCUAAAUUCACUUGGACAGCACCAACUACAGAUGUCGGUCCAAUUACUUUUGUUGGUACUAUUGUGGUUAAUCAAUCAAUGGGCUUCCAAAUUGUAAAAUCUCCGAGUUUCUCUGUUGCCGGAAGCAAUGUUACUGUGCCAGUUACGCCAUCAG